CAUCAUGUCCACGUUUCUAUGGUAACUGUUCCCAGGGCUCUCUCCGUCCUCCCUCGUUGUCUCCUUGCAUGUUCAACGAUGGCUGCGGCGGCGGCUGUGCAUCACACGCUGAAGCAAAGCGUCCUGCCGCCUCUAGUCGUGAUACUGGGAGCCACAGGCACCGGGAAGUCCAAGCUGGCUAUCGAAAUCGGUCGCCGGCUGCGAGGAGAGAUUAUCAGCGCUGAUUCCAUGCAGGUGUACAAAGGUUUGGAUAUCAUCACCAACAAAGUCACCUCGGAGGAGCAGGCACUCUGCAAGCACCACAUGAUCAGCUUUGUAGACCCCCUGGUCACUACCUACACCAUCGUGGACUUCAGGAACAAGGCACUCUCUCUAAUUGAAGAUAUCUAUAAGAGGGAGAAGAUGCCGAUCAUUGUAGGGGGCACCAACUACUACAUUGAAUCUCUGCUAUGGAAAGUGCUCAUAGACACCAAGCAGGAGGGUGGCUCAGAUGGGGAGGGGGAUGGAGAAGGUGGUGGAGAGGGCAGACGAGGUGACUCUCCCAGUAGGAAGGCUGAACUGGAGAAACUGGACGGCCAGGAGCUGCACCGGCGCCUAACCGAGGUAGACCCCGAGAUGGCGGCCAUGCUGCACCCCCACGAUAAGCGCAAGAUGGCCAGGAGUCUGCAGGUUUUCCAGGACACAGGAAUCCCCCACAGUAAACUACUGAAGGAGCAGAGGAAGCAGGCUGGAGGGGGCGGGCUGGGGGGCCCCCUGCGCUUUCACAACUCCUGUAUCUUCUGGCUGUACGCAGAUCUGGAAGCUCUAGAUGAGAGGCUGGAAAAGCGAGUGGACGAGAUGCUGUCUGCCGGACUCAUUGAAGAGCUGAGAGAUUUUCACAACCGAUUCAAUGAGCAGAAAAUACAGAACGACAGCCAGGAUUACCAGCACGGCAUCUUCCAGUCCAUUGGAUUUAAGGAGUUCCACGAGUACCUGACAGUGGACUGCAGCGCCCCCGAGGACAGCCGAGAGAAGCUGCUGAGGAAAGGUGUGGAAGCACUGAAACAGGCAACCAAGCGCUACGCCAGGAAGCAGAACAAAUGGAUCCGAAACCGGUUUCUCAACAGGCCAGGUCUCAACGUGCCUCCUGUGUACAGGCUGGAUGUCAGCGAUGUCUCUCACUGGGACGAGACUGUUCUGAACCCUGCCAUGCAGAUCCUUCUCAGCCUCAUCAAGGGGGAGCCUCCGACAGCACAGCCCUUGAGGAUGACGAGCGAGGGGAAUCGGAACAAACGCAGUCGUCACACAUGUGACCUCUGUGACAAGGUUAUCAUCGGAGACAUGGAGUGGACAGCACAUUUAAAGUCCAAGAACCACCUACACCAUGUGAAGAAGAAAAUGAAGCUGGAGUCGACAGGGGCACCCCAGAGUAAUGCUGGAGGCUGGGCCCCCAGUCCAGUUUGCCAGCCACUGGAGUCACCGACUGCCCCUCAGAAAGAGAGAACGCAGCUUCUACUGCCAUCUAGCAGCGAGAUGCCGUCCGAAACACAACAGCCAGUCUGUGGACAGGGAAAAAGAAAUCUUUGGCUGCAUUAGAAAGAUGUUUACACAACCCCCACCUCCUCCUCCAGAGCUGAAGAGGCAGGGAAUCUAAUCUGCCACAGGCAGCAGAGGAUUUGUUACGUGAUCCCUCUACCUGGUAUGCACUGUCAGCCCCGCUCCAGUUCGCCUGUCCCAGUAUGAACUUCUGAAGCCCCUGUCUGCCAAGACUUUACCAGCUCAGGGUGGAUUCAUAGUGCCUCAGUUUCGAUCCUCAUACCCAGCCUGGACUUGAUGCUUUCCAGGGAUGUCACACUUCCACUCUGUUUUUCGAAAAUGUAUUUAUUUAGUACAGUGCUCCCUCAAUAUACCGCCAUCUAGGGAGCAGGCACCAGACUGGCACUGUAAUGAAGGUCAUUGUACAUCCAAAAACUACAACUGCAUGUUAGCAGUCAAAACAGUUUAUUUUUCAGUACAACAAUGACAACAAUAGUGUUUGUUUGUUUGUUUAUUUAUUUUACAUCCGAUGCUAGGUUCUGUUUCGGGUCUAAACAUUUCUGUGUACACAACAACCUUUAUUCCCUAAAUGUUACCCAAGCUCCCGCCACUUGUAAACCUGCAUCUCUUGUGAAUCAAAAGGACAUAUGCGAAUCUUCCAGAAGAAAGUCUGUAUAGAGGUGAUACUCCCAACCAUCUAAAACAGUUCCAGUGAAAUGGUCUUACUACAAAUACAGUGCACUGUAUUAAAGACACAUGGAACAUGACUGCAUCUGCUAAAAUAGCACCUUUUCUGGCUAAUGAAAAUGCAUUUUGAAAUGAUCACCACCUCCACCCCCCUCUGCAUGCAUCUGCCUGGAAACCACUCGGAUAUUUCCCACCAGCUAAACAGUUAAUUGAGUCUCGCACUUGGCUUUGGUAACUUGCUGAUGUUUCCCUGUGUCCAGUGCUUUCUGAUUGAGCCUGGUGCUCCUAUUCCCACAGUGGAAUAGGAAUAUGCAUUUCACUGUCUACAGCGACCCUGAAUCGCUCAGUGUAUUGCUGCUAUUAAUAAUACAAAAAAAUAAAAAAAAUGCAGAAAUCCCAGGUGAUCAAUCUUGCAUCUCCCUGUCAGCCUUGCCUUUUCUUUACUCUCUGUCCGAAAGCUGCUGCAGGAGAUUCUAAAUGGGUUGUGUAACGGAACUCCACAGCUGGGAGUUCCACUUUUGGAACUUCAUAUUUGUUCCAUGCACUGCAAACACUAAUAAAAGCCAUUGUUCUUUCAUUGCCGUUUCCUCUUGCUAACCAUUUUAUAGCCAAAUCAGAGUACCGCAGAUUGCAACACCGUGAUAAGAAAGAUAAGCUAUUUUUGUAUUGUUUGCAUGAGGCGCGACACGCAUUUCUUAGUUAUAAUAUUGCAGGUAAUAUUGACCCCUGUAAAGUUUUAUAAUCCUUUCAAAGGCAAUGUUUACCUGGAAUUUGGAUAUAAAAUUGCAGCAAUAUUGCAGCCCUGUGACUUUUUUGUUCUUGAGUAAAAGUACCGUUUUGCCAUUUUUAUUUUCCUAUUUGGAUUUACUACUGGUAAGGAACUGUAUGUAUAUAUUUUUGUUUAUUUGUGCACAAGAGUGCUACUGCUAGGUUCUAAUGGUGACGUGAUAUACAAAAUGCUCCAGGGCCUGGAUGAAGGGCUAAUUGAUUUUAAACCAUUUACAACUUGACUUGAACAAAGACACUUUUGCCCACCUGUGCUUGAUGUGGGAUUUCCUGUUUUUGCACUAAGUUAGAUUAUCUCCAGUCAUACCUUUCUCUAUCUGAGUUGUACUUUUAAGUUCCUGAUAAGGUGCUGUGGGAUCAGGUACAGGAACAACAAAACAAACCUCAAUGCACCUGGACUGCGCAAUACCAGCCAGCCACCUGCUUCCCAUGAUCACUUAAGACACGACUGCUACCAUGUCUCCAGUAACUGAUCAAUAAGACCUUUGCACAGGAGGAUUUUGAACUCCAGCAGCGGAAGGCUGGUACAUUAGCCCGCAGCGCAACGGAGCCACGUGGAUGUCAAGCAGAGGGCCCUUCCGCCUUCUCUUUCCACUCCGAAGCUGGUGAGGAAGUGCGUUCAGAGCAGAAAUGUGUGUCCUCUGUCAAGAGAAUGUUGUUUUACUGUUGCUGUUUCCUUCCUGCUUAUAUAAAGGGGCAGCUUCCCCUAUGAAGGGGCAGACGCUGUACUGAAUAAACUGUAGGAUAUCUGAGGUUAGCUGAGGUUGAUGACUGGCACGGAAACUUGUUCAAAUCGGUCCAGGUAAUGCACGAUAAAUCAUAGAGAGACAUACAAGCGGGACAACUGUCCAGGCUUGAGACACUUCAAUAGACAACUCACUCGAGUAGAGUAACGUGACACUUUGCAUUGCUGUUAGCGUUUUCAAGUCCUAUUCGCAUACAAUUCAAAUGACACUUAAAAUAUAUGCAAAGCACCGUCCCGAAGCACUGCACGGUCUGCAUACGAUUGCAGCAUGGAGAGAAGUGAGCUCUGUGGGUUAACUUCAGCGGGGUGUUUUAGCUGCAUUCCAGUAGUACGAAAAUAAUAAUACAAAAGGGUAGCAACGAAAUGUGAAAAGUAAAUCUCAUCCUGUUGAGAGGCCGCACCUGGAUAGUUUCAGACUGAGGUAAUUGAGAACAUCUUGUUCCCACACUACUGUGUCUUCCUCCCACAUGCCUGUCCUGUUUUUAUUUCUCAUUGGUGAUAUGUAGCGCAGUGGCUGUACUAUGAUUGGAUUACUGACCGAAAGCUCACAAAUCACACAAUGCAUACAAUGCAGAGUGGGGAAUGGGAGGUGGGUACGAACCCCCCACUGCCACUUUUAAAGACCACACAAUAAAAAUGGAAUCUAUAAAACGGACGUAGUAUUCAUUUAUUGUCCAGCAGGUGGCUAAAACUAAUGUAGAAUAUGGUUGUAAUGUGUUUAUUGUCCAGUUGGUAGAUGGCAAAGGCAAAGACUGAAUUCAAAUUUGUCCAGUGCUCUGCACUAGAUUG